GGGUGGUGGGGCUGGCUGGAGUGGGAUAGCACAAGGCGUGGUGUGUGUGCCUCGCUUGUUCCCCUCCCCCCUCUCGCCCCUCUCCUUGCCACCAAUCCUCAGUCGCGUCCUCGCCGCCCCUGUGUCGGGACGCCCUAGUGAUGGCGGGUGUGGCCGCUAUGAUGAAGUCCUCGUGUCACGGUCGUGGAACUUUAUCUGCUCACCGCUACUCCCUCCUGCUGCUGCUGCUGCUGGUGCUGUUGCAAGCGCACGUGGGCCAUGCCAGCAGAGAUGACAUCACCCGCCAGCAGGUGUUCGUGGGAGAGAACAUCACACUUAAAUGUUACGCCAAACAAGACCAUCUCCAGUCCUACCGGUGGGUGUACAUCCGCCAAGGCACCAAGAGGCCUCAGGUGCUGUCUUCAGGCCGCACUCUCAUCGUUCAGGAGCCAAGGUUUUCCCUCAUCACGCAGAUGGAAGGAGGCAAAGUGAACCUGGAGUUGAAGCUGACAGACGUGCGCUCCCAUGAGUCUGGGCUGUUCAUGUGUUGGCGGCAGGGACAGAAGCCAGACCCACAGGUGCUGGUGACAAUCCUGGAGCACGGCAGUCAGUCAGAGCGGCAGACCGUCGUGCACAGCGAGAGCCCUGCAGUGGUGCAGUAUGGGGAGGCAGCCACUUUCUCCUGCUACAUACAGCCUGCCUGGCCUGUCAGGGUGACGUGGCUGAAGGACGGCAAGAUGAUUUCCUGGAGGGACCGCCUGUACACCCAGACCAAGAAACGGCUGCUGGGGAACACUCAGGGGCAGGAGCAGCAUACACAGGAUGACCAGCUGGUGGCCUCCCUCUUUGUGGCCUCCGUCAGACAGAAUGCCAGCUUCACCUGCCGCAUUGAGACAAGCCCCCCUGAGGAACACAGCAUGCAGGUCACUGUGAGAGUUCCCCGUGUUGAUUCUUUGACUGCUGAGCCUGACAAGGACUUGGUGGAGUAUGGCCAACCACUCACUCUUACCUGCACCGUUUCUGGCUCAAAUUCGGAGGUGUUGUGGCUGAAGGAUGGCUCAGAGCUUGUGUUUGGUGCUGUAUUCCCCAAGAGACGCAAGCAAUCCACCAUGCACCCGCCCAACAGGCUGGUGUCCACUGUCCACUUUGAGUCCAUAUCCUUCGCUGACAAUGGCCAGUAUGUGUGCUAUAUUCCUGGGGCCUCCAAACACAUCCUUAUUAACAUUGAAGAUCGUCCUCCUCGCCUUCUUGGAGUUACUGGGAACAAUUUUUACGAGGACGAGGAGCUCUCCUUGAGAUGCACCACACAGUAUGCCAAGAAUGCUGGCACUCAGGUCACAAUCACCUGGACCUUUGAGGGAGCAGUGAUCAAUCCCAAUGCAUACGAGUCACUGACGUACCCUGGUGAACACAACACAACAGUCCACCAGCUGGUCCUCACCCAUGCCUCAGCAAGGAACAUUGGAACCUACCAGUGCAUCACACCUUUUGGCUCGGCACAGAUAUAUGUGGAGAUGUAUGCUCCCCCAUCUCUGAGUGAGCCGCUCCCCUCUGAGGUGCACUUUCAGGAGGGUGAGUUCUUCCAGCUGCCGUGCCUUACCAUAGGUCACCCGCUGCCCUCUGUCCACUGGGAGAAGAAAGCAGGUGAUAGGUGGGAGGUGGUGGAGGGCAGUGAGGGCAGUGGCAGCAGCUCGGAGCUCAUCUUCCCGCGGGCCUCAGCGAGUGAUGCCGGCAGCUACCGGUGUGUGGCAAAGAGUGAGGCGGGCUCCUUCCUGGCUGAGAUAUUUGCCGUCAUGGAACGUCCAGAUCCAGAAGUCCUUGAGAUCAUCGCACCAGAAACUGUAAUUGUUGGGGAGAACUUCACCAUUCAGUGCACCGUGCGAAACUGGGAGGCUGAGGUAGAAUUCACACUGAACGGUGCAUCACUCAUGUCGUCCCUGGCGGAGCGGUUCAACGUGCUGCGUUACCCCAUGGAGGAGAGCCUAACGGAGGCUUUCCUCAUUGUGCGGGAUUCUGAGCUGCAGGACAGUGGCCAAUACAGAUGCUCAGCCGGCGCUGCUGUGUCCCUGCCUGCUCCGGUGCUGAUCAAGUUGCCUGAGGCAAGGGUGGUGGGACUGUCAGCCUCGGCGCCAGUGGUGGGACGGGACCUAAACAUCACCUGUGUUGUCAACAACUGGGAUGGCCUGGUUACCUUCGUGUUCAACAAUGAGGCAGUGGAGCCGCAGUCAAAUGGAUGGAGGUAUGCAAUAUUUCCAGGGGUGGAGGGUGACACGGUGACCACCCACAUCCUCACCGUCCCCACCGCCACACACCACCACAGCGGCCGCUAUGAGUGCUUCACCACGCCCUCCUCCUCCAGGUCACUCAACAUCAAUGUCUGGGAUGUUCCUGAGGUGACACUGGAGCUGCAGGAUAAGGAGGAGCUCAACUGGCGGGAUGCACCGAUCCCCAUUGCCUGUAAGAUCAAGGGGAUCAGCCCUGACAUGGUGACGGUGCUGUUCUCGCAUGAAGACACACCUCAAGUGUCCAUUCAGAACCGCACCAAGAUGUCCACCUCGAGCCAGCUGGUGAAUGUGGCUGUCAGUGAGGGAGAGGAAGGGGACGAGCCUCUCACCAUCUUCACCCUUGGCUUCUACUCCCUCAGCAAGGACUUUGAGGGACUUUGGUCUUGUGAAGUCUUCCUCCCGAGUGGUGAUAGUCUCAGCAAAGACACCCUGUACAUGGAAAUCUAUGAACCACCCGAGUUUGUGAAUCCCCCGCCAGAGCAGCUGUUUCAGGAGGAUGGCACAGACCUUCGCCUCAACUGCUCAGUGUCUGGCCCGCCAGAGACCAUGGUGGCCUGGUACCGGCAAGGAAUCCAGGAACCCAUAGUGUUUGACCGCAUGAGUGCACUGCUGUUCAUCCCACGUUUCACCACCACGGAUGAGGGUUACUAUGUGUGCCGCGCCUCGUCACACGGCCGGGAGAUACAGACCAACACUUACCUUUCGCUGGGAACCCCUCAGCCUCGUGUGGAGUCAGUUGUGGCAUCUCCAGCUGUGGUGGGCCAAGAGUUCUCAGUCACCUGCACCGUCUCCAAUUGGGACAGAGAGGUGGUGUUCUUCCACAACAAAGAGCCACUGGACUUCCGGCCAGACUCCCGGUACUUCAAGGAACAGCAGGGUGUAUUGCAGGAUGAAGUGGAGCAGCACCACCUUAUGGCACACACACUGAGAGUGGCUGAUGCCACCCAUACUGACUCUGGGGUGGUGGAGUGUUUCCUCACCACGGAGAUUUUUGGCUCAAUCAAUGUUACAGUGAUGGACGUGCCGGCAACAGAUGUGACAGUACAUGCGUCACAGCCGACCCUUCCACUGGGCCAGAUUGUCCAGCUGUCUGGGCCACAGACGGCGUUUGCUGGGAGUGAGUUGGUGCUCACCUGUGUCGUCAGUCCUCAGGUGGCCCAGGACAUCGACAUAGUGCUGGUCCACAACACACUGUACCUCUAUGUGGGGGGCAUUGUGCUGGCUGAGGAUCCCCGGGUGGACAUUGUGACUGACAAUACCAAUGAUGGCUCAAGGAUUCUAUACCUGAGGAUUAUCGAUGUGAAGGCAACAGAUGAGGGGACCUACCAGUGUGCCACCUCCACCAACCCUCCUGCCUACUCCACCCUGGUUGUGUCUGUGGCAGCACCUGAGAAGCCCACUGAAUUACCAGAAGUCGUCACCAACCUGCCGUCAGUCCCUGGUGUGCCAGACUUGGCAGUGACCCCAAUGCUGCUACCUGGAGUGAUGGACGUCCUGGGGCAGGAGGGGGAGGACAUCAUCCUCCCCUGCAGGAUAUCACCCAUAAUAGACUUCAGUAUAAGUGAAAAUAGCCGGAACUAUUUUGUGAAGUGGACACGAGGGGGCGGCAGCACAACUCAAGUCCUCUCUCAAGAUGACAUAAUCCUGCACUAUGAUGGGCAUCGCAUGACCCUCAACACAGGGGUGGACACCAGGACUUCAGGGGUCAUGCACUAUGACCUGACGCUGAGGCAGGUAGUGCCGGAGGACUCAGGGGUGUACGCCUGCACACUGUUUGACAAGAGCCUGAACCAGAUUGGCCACCGGGAGAUCUCCUUGGAUGUGGAGAUGCCACCAGAAGAUUGGAAGUGUGAGUUUCCCAUGGAGUGGCGGGGGGAGUGGUAUGACACGCGGUACAGACAGAUGUCGGAAAUUUUGCCUCAGGAGUUCAAGAGAUCAUUUUGUGUGUCAACAUCUGGAGAGAACUUCAUCAUACAGCACAAGUGGCGUCAGUGCUUCCGUUGUGUUCAUUUCAUACAGAAGCACCAAAACUUGCUGCAGUACAAGAGCACACGGUGCAUGGGGACCCAGGAAGGGCUGUGCUCCACCCUGGAUGAGAAGAGUGAGUUUAUGAACCUAGUGCGGCUGAACACCGAGGCCGUCCAUUGUCCAUUCACUGGGCCCCGCCAGUACUCAUUGGAGCUCCCCCACCAGUCAUGUGAGGACAACAACACCUCCCUCAUCAGCUCCUCCACAGAGUCUCACCUGCAGUUCCAGUACCCGUCAUGCUGGGUGCUGGCCGACCCCUCCCGGCCUGUGGCUGAAGAAUUUGAGUGUGUGGCUGAUUGGGCAGAAGACUCCACUCACUACCUCAUCACUAGACUGGUGAGUAACUCGUCGCUGUACCUGGGGCAGCUGUACCGGUGCUUCACCUACACCCGGGGGAAGGACAGCAGGCAUGCCUUCAUCAUGGGCCACAACAACUCCACAGUGUGUGGUGACAGGAGGUACUUGAUGACCUACAAGAUUUCUGAACUGAUCGGAGAGGCGCCACUGUCAGUGACAGGACUCGGGGAAUGGGAAAUCAACGUGGAGUCCUCUGAGGGGGCCGUGCUGCCCUGCAGAGCCUCAGUGCUACUUGGCUCUGAUGAUGCCUCCAGCAGAUAUGUAAUAAGUUGGAUGCGAGAGAUUGAGGGCAAGAGUGAAGUAAUUACUGUUGAUGAUCACAUGCUGACAAGAAGUAGCAGGUACUCACUGGACAUGGGCCCACUAAAGCCGGGCAAUACCUCCAAGUAUGACCUGAUCAUUGCUGACGUGCAGCUGGACGAUGCCGGGACAUACAGCUGCAUGCUGAGGAACCGCAAGGGAGGUGGUCAGGGAGUCUCCCACUUCAUGUCAUUAACUGUGACAGAGACUCCUAAAUAUGAGCAGUGCAUCCUGCCGGUACACUGGAGUGGUGAAUGGUGGAGCAAGGAGGAGGGUGACAUCCCCAUUGGUGAUGGCAUCUUUGGGGGAAAUGUGUGUGACAUUGCACUGGGGGACAAGUUCCUGAUGAGAGGCCCCACUUGCAACACAUGCUACAUUGUCAAAGAGAUGCACUUCAAUCUUCUCUAUUAUAAGAAAUCUCCUUGUGAGAGAAGUGAAGACCUGAACACACUAUGCAGCAUGAUUGAGGAGGAUGAUCCACGCCAGUCACUGAUCAGGAAGGAGGCCGGGAUCACCUGCCCCUUCCCCGGCUCUCGCUCUUAUGUGUACCAGACUCCUGAAGGGACCUGUGCAGAGACUCAUUCAAAGCUGAUCUCCAAUAACACACAGCUCCAUUUCCUGCACCAGCCUUGCCGUCCCCCCAGUGAUACAGUGCCAGACCUAACUCCUAAUCUUGUUCAGUGUGUGGCAAUAUGGAGUGAAGGCUCCAACCACUACCUCAUGGGAAAAGUUGAUGAGGAGGGUUAUCGCUGCUUCACCUUUGAGGAGGCCAUGAACCAGCCUCACCUGUUUGUCAUGGGCCAGGCACAGACCGAGGUGUGUGAGGACCUGGCAGACACUGAACCCAGACCACUCUAUCAAAUAUUUGGAAAGUCAAAAGCCCCUGAGCCACCCAUUGUUGAAGGUGAUGAGGCAAGCAGACAGGUGCUGCUUGGUGACUCCAUCACAAUGACCUGCUCCUCAAGGGGGGGAGUUCCCCCACCAACCCUGAAGUGGUUCAGGGUAGUGGAUGGAUCCAGGGAGGAGCUGCCCUCUCAGGCGCAGGAUCAUAGAGGCAUCACUAAGGCUGCUGUAGACAUUGUGGUUGAUGCCUCAGACAAGUAUGCUGAGUACCACUGUGAAGCUUCUAACUUUGCCACAACAGCUCCCCUACGCACCAACACCAGUCUCACCUUCAGCAAGGAUUAUGCCAGCAUCAUGGUGCCGCAGGUGCUGGUGGUGGAGUACCAGCCCGCUUUCCUGCCCUGUGCCCGCACUCUGGAGGAUGACGUGCAGAUGGAAUGGUUUGAUGAAGACCUUGAGCUCAAAUUGACCUCAGGCAACACAACAGUAAACCAGGACUCCAAGGACCCCAAAAUUGUGCCAUACAUGCAGGAGGGAGUGAUGGGCCUCAUGAUCUUGUCGAGUUUUCUGGAUACCACAUUUGGCUGCUUUGUUGAUGGUGUUGAGUUGGGCAACACAUCACUUGUCAUUUAUCCUAAAUAUUUGCUUUUAGAAGAGUCUCAAGAUCCCUUGCAGUACUUCGUGCCCACCACCACCAAGAUGCGGCCCCCCCUUGGGGACACUGCCACCCUGGACUGCUCCCUGGCUGAUGGUGUGAACUCCUCACUUGUGAGCUGGUGGCGAUACCCUGGCACCACACUCCUGACUCAGGGCAGCAUUAACUUUGCCAAGGAGGACGGCUACAGUCUGAAUGUAUCUGAGAACUCCUACCAGCUCACUGUCUCCAAUGCCACCCUGAAGCACUCUGGCUUGUAUAUAUGCCAGCUUGCUCUGAAUGAAGUAGAGUUAUACAGAAGAAACUUUUCAAUCAAUGUUGAAGGACUGAUUACAACCCAGCUUGGUGGAACUGUUGCCAUCAGUUGCUACUCAACAGUGGGAGAUGUAACCUUCGUAUAUAAUGGAGAGGCCAUAGUGGGGCCUCACAAAAACUUAACUGACAAGUAUAGAUUUGAGAGGGAUGAAACAAGUGGAGAUGGAACAGUGUACACUCUCUCUGUCAUGGAUGUCACUGAGGAAGACCUUGGAGUGUACACCUGCAUCAGAGCUGGACAUCCCGACCAUGUCCUACAGGAAACAUCAGUGUCCAGUUUUGGAGAAGAAGUAACAACAUUAAUGAUGACAACAGAAGCUGCCACAUUGUCAACCAUGGAGAUGACCACAACAGAAACCCCCACCACCACCACCUCCACCACCACCACCACCACCACCACCUCCACCACCACCACCACCACCACCACCACGCCAAGCUCAGAGUACUAUUAUGACUAUGAGGACAGUUAUCUGGACUCAGACUUAACAACUGCUACAUCAUCUACUACAACCAUGACUGUUCCUUCUACAACUGAAGCAACAACCUAUAUGACAGAAAUGCGCACAAAUCCACCAGAGCCGGUUACCACAUCACCACCACCCACCACCACUACCACACCGUUCACAACCACACCACCACCAGCCACUACAACAACCACAGCCUACAUCAUAACACUACCCAUCACUACUACAGUACAUUAUACUACACCAGAAGAAAUUACAACCAUUCCUGCAACCAUAAUACCUGAUGUUACUACAGAUACUACCACAGAAGAAAUUACAACAACCAUUCCCACAACCACAACCACCACCACUACUACAACAGAGGCUCCAAUCUAUAAAGAAGAGGUCCUCAGUUGCAUGGGGCAUAAUCCAGAAUUUAUAAACUGGAAAUACAACGGAAAUCUGAUAUUUUUGGGAACCAUUGACAUGGCGGGCAUCCCCGGCACCAAAGUGACAAGUGACGGGGAUCUAGUGCUGACGGCUGGGCCCUUCAUGCACCUGCGUGAUGAUGACACAUACAUCUGCUACCUGGAGCUGAAGGCCAAUGUGGAGACUCCCAUUGUUAUUUAUAAUGUCACUUUGGAUGGUGAUGACACUGUGGUUGAAGAGACCCUGGUGGGCACCAUCAAUGGCAUCCCACUGCCAGAGCUGGAGCCAGAGCCAGAGCCUGAGCCUGAGCCUGAGCUACUCCCAGACCUGCAGUUCUCAGGCCUGAAAGAGGAGGAGAUAGCAAUCUUGGCAAACUCCAAGAGGAUUGGCAACAAGAUGGAAGAGGUCCUUGGAAGUGGUGGCUUGAAUGUCCGGCUGCUGGAAAACACACAGUGUGAGUAUCCCAACAACACCCGGGGCUGGGCAACAGCCAAGGAAGCGCUGGAGAAUUGUGAGGCCAUGGCACGCUUGAAUGGGGACCUGGGACCCACCCAGAGUGUUUUCAUCGGUAUUGACUUCUUUGUGGAGACUUUCCCUAACAGUUGGUUUGCAGUGACACAGCUGUAUCUUAACAAUGCCAAGUACAAUGUGUCUGUGAAUGUGUUUACCCAACUGGUCCCUGUUCCUGACACUAACAUCAUUCGAAGCCCCUACAAAGGUGGAACCACCUUAAUACAAGUGUCCGAGGAGUGGUGGAACAAUGUGCAGGGUGUGGACAAACCAUUUGGCAGUGGUCUGCUGUCCUCCAUCCUCUCCCUCCAGAAGUCCUAUCUUAACGUAUUAGAGAAAACAGAUGCCUCUUAAGAGAACUGGAAAAGACUUAAGUUAUAGUUUUGACUUGUAAAAGGUGCAAGUAUCCAUCAGUAUUACAAGAUAAUGUAUUUCAAUUGGGAGAGAAAUUUGGUACAUGAUGUAUGAUGUAUGUAACAAGGAAAACCAUGAUUUUUUUUACAAUACACAUAAGAAUUA